AUGGUGACCUCCUGCUCCACCAGCCCCGCGAGCCUCGCCAGUCCUGCCGCCCGGGCCUGGAGGCGGGACAACGACCAGAACCUCCGCGCCCCGGUGAAGAAGAGCAGGCGCUUGCGCCUCCGAAGGAAGCAACCACUGCAGCCCCUGAACUCGCGUCCACUUCCUGGUGACUCUGGCAUUUGCGACUUGUUUGAGUCCCCCAGUUCCGGCUCGGACGGCGCAGACAGCCCCACGGCGUCCGCGGCGCGAGGCUGCAGCCCCCUGCCCGGCCGCGCCCAGCCGUGGGCACAACUAGAUCUACAAACCUUCCGCGACUAUGGCCAGAGCUGCUACGACUUCCACAAGGCGCGGGAAAGCCACUUCCACCCGCGGGAUUCGCUCGCGCAGCAGCCACAAGUGACCGCGGAAUCCCGCUGUAAGCUGCUCAGCUGGCUGAUCCCCGUGCACCGCCGGUUCGGCCUCUCCUUCGAGUCGCUGUGUCUGACGGUGAACACUCUGGACCGCUUCCUCACCACCACACCGGUAGCUGCAGACUGCUUCCAGCUGCUUGGGGUCACGUCCCUGCUCAUCGCUUGCAAACAGGUGGAGGUGCACCCGCCGCUAGUGAAGCAGCUCCUGGCCCUGUGCUGUGGCACCUUUUCCCGGCAGCAGCUCUGCAACCUGGAGUGCAUCGUGCUGCACAAACUGCACUUCAGCCUGGGCGCGCCCACCAUCAGUUUCUUCCUGGAGCAUUACACGCACGCGCGCGUGGAGGCCGGGCAGGCGGAGGUCUCCGAAGCCCUGGAGGCGCACGCCCUGGCCCAGGGGGUGGCGGAGCUGAGUCUAGCGGACUAUGCUUUCACCAGCUACCCCCCCUCCCUGCUGGCCAUCUGCUGCCUGGCGCUGGCGGACCGCAUGCUGCGGCUCCCGCGUCCGGUGGACCUGCUCCUGGGCGGGCAUUCCGAGGCGGUGCUACAGGACUGCCUGGGCAAGCUGCAGCUGCUGGUGACCAUCAACCAGGCCUCCCUGACUCAUAUGCUGCCCCUCCAGAUUUUCGAGAAGUGCAGCCUCUCCCCGAGCUUGAAAUAA